AAUUUCAUCGUAAAUGUGAAAUACUUAUAAAAAAAUGCGGGAGAGAUAAAAAAGAUGCAGGGUCAUUUGUCUGCUUGGCUAGUUAAGCAUGGGCUAAUUCAUAGAUCUUUGGGCUUUGAUUACCAAGGAAUAGAGACUUUACAAAUCAAACCGGGGGAUUGGCAUUCCAUUGCUGUCAUUUUAUAUGUAUAUGGUUACAAUUAUCUCCGCUCCCAAUGUGCCUAUGAUGUAGCACCAGGCGGACUAUUAGCUAGUGUGUAUCAUCUUACUAGAAUAGAGUAUGGCGCGGAUCAACCAGAAGAGGUAUGCAUAAAAGUAUUUUCCCCGAGAAGGGAUCCUAGAAUUCCGUCUGUUUUUUGGGUUUGGAAAAGUGUGGAUUUUCAAGAACGGGAAUCCUAUGAUAUGUUGGGAAUCUCUUAUGAUAAUCAUCCCCAUUUGAAACGUAUAUUAAUUCCUGAAAGUUGGAUAGGAUGGCCUUUACGUAAGGAUUAUAUUGCUCCCAAUUUUUAUGAAAUACAAGAUGCUCAUUGAAUGAUAAAAAAACGAAUCUUCAAUUAUACAAUUCUAUAGAUUCCAGGUUCGAUUCUAGAUUAAACAGAGUAAUUGAAGUCUCGUUUAUGGUUUGUAUUUUUAUUAUGUAUAGAAUAAAAAAAAUACAAUAAAAUAAAAUUAGGAAUUAAUCGGGAUUCUCAAAUUUGUAAAAUACUUAUUUCGGAUGAGCCAAGUCGAUAGGAGGAACCAAACGAAUUAUGCAGCAUCAACUUUGGACUGCACACAUCACUUAAGGGGAAUCUAUAAAGUCAUGUAAUGUAGGAGUAAAUUAAAAAUUGAAAAGAAAAUACAAAACUGAAUCUUAUUUAUUCGCAUCCUUCAACUACUCUAUUGAAUCUUUCAACCUUAACCUUCGAAUAUGCAUAUGUGUAUGAAGUAUUCACAUUCUUUUCUUUUUGAACCAGAGAAGAAAUAAAAAAGAAGAGAAAAUAGAAUCUCCCUUUUUUUUUACAUACUUUGUAUAAUAAACUCUUUACCCCCUCUAUAAAAAUCAAAUAGAUGGGGUUCUAAAGAACGAGAUGGAGAA